CCGGGAGCGGGGCGGGACUUGCGGGGAACUGGAAAGUGAAACUUUGCGGGGAGCUGAGAAGGGAAGCUCCGCUGGGCGUGGGGGCGGCUCCCGGGCUGGUCGGGGAGCGCAGCGCAGCACUGCCCGUGUGCGGGGAGCAGGAGCGCCCCGGCCCCACUGCCCUGGGGCCAGAGAGCCGGAGCGGAGCCCCGAGCGGUCCCCGGGCCGGGCGAUGGAGAGUCCUGGGCAGGAGCCUUCCUCUCGGCGGCCCCGAGGUGGGGCGACAGGACAUGCAUUUGAUGGGAACACUGGCUUUAUAAGAAGAGGCAGAUACAGAACAAAUAAUGUAGCAGGCCAGGCAGCUCAGUUAGGGGAAAGCUCCCAAGACAGUAAUUAUAAUCCUCUACGUGGGCAAAGAGAGGAGAGAUUUGGUGGUUGGACUUCAAGGGUUCCUCAGUCAAACAAGGUUCCAAUCAAAAUAAGAAUCCAAAGUGAACAGGCCAACAGUGAAGCCACAGGAUUCAGGACUAAACAGGAGAAUGAGGAAAGGAGAAAGAGAUAUCAACUUGGACAAACACAUGAGAAGACCAGAGGACCCUGGAAUGAGCAAGAAAAUCAUGGCAGGGGAAGGAGGUAUCAAGACAGACAAGCAUAUGAGAGGGCCAGGGGACCCUGGAAUGAGCAAGAAAAUGAAGGCAGGGGAAAGAGGUAUCAAGGUGGACAAGCUCAGGAAGGAGCUAGAGGGAUGAGGAAUGCAUGGGAAAAUGAGGGUAGCAGAAGGAGGAUGCAACCUCGUGAGAAUCCUCAUCUCUCCCAGAAUGCUACCCCACGCGGUGCCCACCUCAGUGGGCAGCCUCGGCAAGCCAAAAGAAUUGGCUAUAAGUUCCUGGAAAGUCUCCUUGAGAAAGACCCCUCAGAAGUUGCCAUCACACUUGCUUCCCAUUCGGGUUUGAAGGAACUUCUUUCCCAAACAGCUAUGAAACCCAGUUUCCUUCAGCUCAUUUGCCAGGUCCUUCGGAAAGCAUGCAGUUCCCGAAUGGAUAGACAGAGUAUCCAACAGCUUCUUGGAGUGGUAAAGGAGUCCAACUUCCUCAAGGUCUGUCUGCCACAGUAUGUGUCUGACAUGGUAACAGAAGUAAUUCCUGCUGUACGGCAAGAGUACCCUGUGCAUAUUAGCAACAUCAUUUCACUUCUUCAGGACCUGAUCAGUAUUUUCCCAGCCAGCUCUGUGCAGAAAGUCUCCAUUCUCUUGACAGUCUUGCCAGCAUCCAUAAAUGCCCUGAGAGCUUCUGGUGUGGACAUCACAGAAGAGACAGAGAAGAACCUCAAUAAAGUCCAGAUGCUCAUGCAGCAUCUGCAGGAGAAGAAACGUGAAGGCACACUGAGGGCUGAUAACUGUACCUUUAUGCAGCCUCAGAUUGAUGGUCAGGAAGAAAACUAUCGUACCAUAGCCAUUUAUCCAACACAUAAUGAGGUACAUGGUAAAGAGAAACCCUUUCUACGUCCCAAUAUUGUUUCUGGAAGAUAUGAGAGCACCAGCAUUUAUCUUGACACCCAUUUUCGGCUUUUGAGAGAAGACUUUGUAAGGCCUUUAAGGGAAGGUAUCCUGGAGCUUUUGCAGAGCUUUGAGGACAGAGGUUUGAGACAGAAGAAAUUUGAUGAUAUCAGGAUCUAUUUUGACACACACAUUAUUGCCCCACGUUGUGCCUCGACUGGUAUUGUGUACAAGGUCCAGUUUGACAUAAAACCACUGAAGUUUGUACAGUGGCAGAAUUCUAAACGAUUGCUAUAUGGAUCCCUGGUCUGCAUGUCCAAAGAUCACUUUGAAACAUUCCUUUUUGCUGCUGUUUCUAACCGUGAUGCUGCAGAACUUGCCAAUGGGAUUGUGGAGCUCUGUUUUGAUGCACAGAGCCAGGCACUGCUGGCAGAGAUUCAGCCCUCAGACUCCUUCCUCAUGGUAGAGACAACUGCCUACUUUGAGGCCUAUCGGCAUGUGUUAGAAGGGUUGCAGGAAAUGCAGGAAGAAGAUGUCCCAUUCCAGAAGUACAUUGUGGAAUGUGAUGCAGAGGUGAAGAAACCAGCAUACCUGACAGCAGAUACUGCCUACAACUUGGCACCCUUGGUGGAGACAUCAGAUAAAGAGAUGUGCCCUCAUAGUUUGAAAAGUGUCCACAUUCUAGAUCCCAAGCAGUGGCUUUCAGUGGAAGACUUGAGAUUAGAUGAGUCUCAGAUGCAGGCAUUGAAUCUUGCACUCACCAAGGAGCUGGCUAUUAUUCAAGGACCUCCUGGGACCGGGAAGACUUACGUGGGUUUGAAGAUCGUUCAGGCUCUUUUGACUAAUGAGUCUGUGUGGCAAAGAACCUUCCAGAAGUGUCCCAUCCUUAUAGUCUGCUACACUAAUCACGCACUGGAUCAGUUCUUAGAAGGAAUAUACUCAUUCCAAAGAAGCGGGAUAGUGCGUGUUGGGGGCAGGAGUAGCAGUGAGGUCCUGCAGCAAUUCACCUUGAAGGAGCUGAGGAAGGACUGUGACUUCAGAUACGACUUGCCCGGGCACCUCCACAGAGCCCACGCGAAUAUAACCAGUGAGAUGGCACAGGCUGAGCAGGAACUCCAAGAACAAGCAGAGCAGCUGGAAUGCACAACCUACGGAGUUCUGCAUGAGCGCUUCCUGGUGCGCUACAUUGAGCCCCAGCACUGGGACAGUCUGAUGAAGGGUCUGGAUGACAAGGAGUUUUACUACAGUGGUUCACAGCACUCAGUGAUUCUGGAGUGGCUGGGCCUUGGCGUAUCUGUCUUUACCCAGAAUGCUGAAGAGAAUAUAUGGGCUGAAAAUCCAGAUGGUCAGCAGGAGAGAGAGGAGGAGUGGGAAGGUGAAGCAGAAGAGGAGGAGCUUUUGAAGAUCCCAGAGAUGGCUGAUCUGAUUGAAGCUGAGAGAAUGAUUGAGGAUGAGAAGGCAGCAAAGCCUCGGAGGAGGAAGGAGGAGGAAGAUCACAGAGCUGUUCACAGACUAGCCAGUGUGAUGUUGGCUAUGUUCCUGGAGGACGAGGAAGAAGGAACACCUCAACCACUACAGGAGACCAUGCAGUGGGAGAUAACUGCUGGCCAGAGGAGGAAAAUUAAACAGAAGAUGAAGGCUGAGCUACGUAAGCAGAAUGCAAUGGCAGAGUCAGAGGCCAAGGCUAUUCAGGAUCUGUGGCAACUUGACCUGAACUCCCGGUGGAGGCUUUACAGGCUUUGGCUGCAGACUUACCAGCGUUACAUUCGACAGAAGAUUCUGCACUAUGAACUGCAGUAUCAGGCGGCAGCAGAAAGGCUGAAAGAACUGAAGCUUCAGGAAGAUCUCUGCAUUCUCAAGGACGCCAAAAUUGUGGGGAUGACAACUACAGGUGCUGCCAAAUACAGACAGAUCUUGCAAAAAGUAGAGCCACGAAUUAUCAUUGUAGAAGAGGCAGCAGAGGUGCUUGAGGCUCACACCAUUACUACUCUGAGUAAAGCUUGCCAGCACCUCAUCCUCAUUGGAGAUCACCAGCAGUUGCAGCCUAGUGCAAAUGUAUAUGACCUGGCCAAGAACUUCAAUCUGGAAAUCUCUCUCUUUGAACGGCUGAUCAAAGUGGAUUUCCCCUUUGUCUGUCUGAAAUACCAACACCGCAUGCGUCCGGAAAUUGCCCAACUUAUCAGUCCUCAUAUAUACCAGGAGCUGGAGAACCAUCCCUCUGUCCUGAAAUAUGAGAACAUAAAAGGUGUCUCAUCUAACCUCUUCUUUGUGGAACAUGAUUUUCCUGAGCAAGAGAUCCAGGAAGGGAAAAGCCACCAGAACCCACACGAGGCCCAGUUUGUAGUGGAACUGUGCAAAUACUUCUUGUACCAGGAUUAUCAACCUUCUCAGAUCACCAUUCUCACUACUUACACUGGACAGCUUUUCUGUCUGCGUAACCUCAUGCCAGCAAAGAUCUUUAAAGGUGUAAAGGUUCACGUAGUAGAUAAAUACCAGGGGGAGGAGAAUGAUAUUAUUUUGCUGUCACUGGUGCGGAGCAACAAAGAGGAGAGAAUUGGGUUCUUGCAGAUUCCUAAUCGGGUAUGUGUAGCAUUAUCCAGAGCUAAGAAAGGGCUGUAUUGUAUUGGAAACAUGAGAAUGCUUGGCAAGGUUCCUCUCUGGAGCAAGAUCAUUCACACCCUUCGGGAGAAAGAUCACAUUGGCCACUCACUGAUGCUUUGCUGUCAAAACCACCCCGAAACCAAGACACUGGUAUCUACAGCUGCAGACUUCAGCCAAGUCCCGGAAGGAGGCUGUAAUCGUCCCUGUGAGUUUAGGUUGAAUUGUGGACAUGUUUGCACAAGGGCAUGUCACCCCUAUGACAUGGACCACAAAGAGUUCCGGUGUCUGAAGCCUUGUCAAAAGGUGCUUUGUGCAGAUGGGCACCGCUGCCCACAGCUGUGUUUUAUGCCCUGUGGACGAUGUCUCGUGAAGGUAGAGAAAACUAUUUCUAAGUGUGGCCACAGGCAGAUGGUGCCCUGCUCUACUCCAGAGAGUGAAUUUAUAUGCCAAGAAAAUUGCCAGAAAAGUUUGAACUGUGGACACAAAUGCAACAAUUUCUGUGGGCAGGAAUGCACGAACCAGUGUCCUGAGCGGGUCAGAGCCACACUGAAAUGUGGCCACAAGCAGCCAGUUGAAUGCUGGAUCGCUAAGAGGGAAGAGAGGCAACCUGGGAUGGCUGUGAAAUGUUCUACUAAGUGUUCUGUCACACUGGCAUGUGGUCAUGCGUGUUCAGGUUCCUGUUACAAUUGCUUUGGAGGAAGAUUUCACAGGGAAUGUAGCAAGACAUGCAAGCGCAUCUUGAUCUGCUCUCACCAGUGUCAGGAGCCCUGUACUACAGAAUGCCCUCCCUGUCAGCUGAAAUGUGAGAACUACUGUGUUCACAGUAAGUGUAACAAGAAAUGUGGUGAAAACUGUGUUCCCUGUGCUGAGCCGUGUGAGUGGCAGUGCCAGCACUACCAGUGUACCAAGCUUUGCUCUGAGCCGUGCAAUAGGCCUCGCUGCAAUGUGCCAUGUCCUAAGCUGCUGCGCUGUGGUCAUCCCUGUGCUGGAUUCUGUGGAGAGCCCUGCCCAAAGAAGUGCCUUGUUUGUGACCACGAGGAACUCACUCAGAUCUUUUUUGGCUUCGAAGACGACCCAGAUGCUCGAUUUGUACAGCUCGAAGACUGCGGCCACAUCUUUGAGUCCCAAGGCCUUGACCAUUACAUGGAUGAAGACGAUGAUGUGGUCAAGCUGAAGGUAUGCCCUUUGUGUCAAAAACCCAUCAGAAAGAAUCUGAGAUAUGGCACCAGGGUGAAAAGGCAGGUGGAUGAGAUAGAACGGGUGAAACAGAAAAUUCAUGGCUCAGUACAGGAAAUUGAGUCUAGCAGACAAAGACUGAAGGCUGCACUGGCAAGGAGUGCUGUUCUGAAGACUAAUCUAGUGGAGAAGUACCUUAUGCUGAAAAGCCUGGAAGCUCCUGAUCUGUCCACAAAGAGAAUUGGAUUAAUUGAGAACCAGCUUAACUUCUACAAACGUAUAGCAGACCUAACAGCUUCUAUAAGCAAAAUUGCUGAGAGUGAGAAGCAAGGGCUGAGAAUGCGCCUCCGUGAAGUCCAGUCGUGGCUGGUUAAGCAACGCAUCAGUUUUACAGAACAGGAGCUCUCUGACCUGCAGUCUGAAAUCCAGAGGCUGACUUAUUUGCUGAACCUCUUGGCAAGGUGCAACCUUCCAAGUAGGACGAUCUCCCCAGUGCUGGCGGCAAAGAUCGCCAGUGUACGUGAGAUCCUGGAAGGGACAAAGAAAUUCACAGAGGAGGAUGAGGCUGCAGUGAAGGCUCACAUGAAGAACAUCAGCAGUGCCUUGCCUAUGUCAGGCCUGGGGAUUUCUGAAGCUGAGCGGGUGGAGAUUGUCAAAGCUGUUGGCUGUCCCCGUGGCCACUGGUUCAAGUGCAAAAACGGACAUAUCUACGUGAUUGGGGAGUGUGGGGGGGCAAUGGAAAAGAGUAAGUGCCCUGAGUGCCAGGAAGUCAUCGGGGGCACAAACCACGCCCUGGACAGCAGCAACAGGCUGGCCCCCGAGAUGGACGGCGCGACCCACGCAGCCUGGUCCGAUGUAGCCAACAACAUGCUCAACUUCGAGGAACUCCGCCGGCUGAUGUAGAGGGGCGUGAGCCCCCGUUCCUAUCACAGCCACGCACGCCCCGGCACACCCCGCUGCCUCCGCGCUUCCUCCCUCACUAAUAAACUGCUUUCGAUGCAA